AUGGAUCCAAUAAAAUAUAUUUUUGAGAAGCCGUCAUUAUCUGGGAGGAUUGCAAAAUGGCAAGUAUUGUUGUCAAAGUAUGAUCUUAUUUAUGUUACUAAAAAAGCAAUAAAAGGAAGUGCAGUUGCUAAUCAUUUAGCUGCCCAACCAGUAGCAGAUUACGAGCCAAUGAGGGUUGAUUUCCCUUACGAAAACAUAUUUCUAGUUGAAAAGGAUGUUAUAGAUCAUGAGACAUGGAUUAUGCUUUUUAAUUGUGUCUCAAAUGAGUUGGGACAUGGAAUUGGAGCUGUACUAAUUUUCCCAGAAGGAAAGGUAUUUCCCCUAACGACUAAGUUAUGUUUUGAUUGCACUCACAAUAUCGUUGAAUAUGAAGCAUGUACUAUGGGACUUCAAGCAUCAUACGACAUGAGUAUUAAAAAGUUAAAAGUUUUGGGUGACUCAAUGCUAGUAAUACAUCAAGUCAAGGAAGAAUGGAAAACAAGAGAUAUUAAAUUAGUGUCUUACAGCCAAUACGUUGCAAAAUUAUCUCAAAAUUUCGAGAAAACUUCAUUUGAUCAUGUUCAUAGGGAAGACAAUCGAAUAGCAGAUGCAUUAGCCACCCUGGCAGUGAUGUUUAAUCUUAACCUUGAGUGUGAACUUUAUCCAAUCCAAAUUACAAAGAGAGAUGCGCCGACAUAUUGCAUGAAUAUUGAAAAUGAUAAUAAGUCAUGA